AUGGGAAACUGUCAACAAUGCACCAAUUUUGGUCUAAGUAACUAGACACCUGAACUCAGAACAAAAUAAACAAAACCCAAACAGAAACUCAAUUUUACAAAUAAGUUUACACAUCAAAAUAUCAAGGGGCUAAUUAAAAUACAAGCCGCAUUCAAAGGCUAUUUGGCUAGAAAGUAGUAUUUCAAUGAAAACUUAUUCAUUAGAUAAUUUUCCCUUCUCUCCACAUAAUAGAAGUAAAGUUCACCGAUCCAUUAUCACGACAUCCAGGAAUAUGAUGCCUCCGACGACUCUCCCAAUCAGCCACAGUACUUGAUCAUGAGAAAGAGCAUGAUAUAGGAGUAUUUGUUAGAGGAGGAAGAGGUGAAUAAAAAAUUUGUUGAAGCUAUUUAAUAAUGUUAAUCCAAUUGUAAUAAGGAUAUCACUGAUAAUUAAAGUUAGAUCUCGGAAAGCAGCCCACCAUCAAGUCUGAUAAAAUAAUUCUCAUUUGAUAUGUCUGCCCUUUGCUUUAUUCCGAAAAGUAAGAAUGAUCAAUUAUUGACACUUACUCGAUCAUAGAUCAAACUGCCAAUCAUCCUAAUGAUUAAUGGAGCUUACUAUGAGGGACAAUGGAAUAAUGGCAAAGCAAAUGGCUUUGGUAAAUACACAAUGAUUGAUAACUCAUCUUAUGUGGGAGAAUGGUUUAAUAAUAAAGCCCAUGGUUUUGGUACUUUCUAAUUACUGGACGGAGAAACCUUCAGAGGUCAUUGGAUUGAGAACGUGGUGGAAGGCUAGGGUAAGUAUACCUUCGCAGAUGGCACCUAUUAUGAAGGAGAAUGGAAGAAUGAUUUGCCAAAUGGAAUUGGAAUUCAAACUUACUCCAAUGGCUGGAGUUAUGAAGGAAGUUUUCUCAAUGGCAUUAAGAAUGGAUAAGGAAUAUUAAGGUUUCCUGAUGGUUCCAUCUACGAAGGAACUUUUGAGGGAGAUGUUCCUCAAGGAGUUGGUGCUCUCAAAUUCCACGAUGGCAGAAAUUAUACAGGGGAUUGGAAAAAUGGAGUCAAACAUGGCAAAGGAAUAUUUAAAUGGCCUGAUGGAUCCAAGUAUGAUGGAUACUAUAUCAAUGAUGAAAGAGAAGGAUAUGGAAUUCUCUACUGGCCAAACGGUUAAAAAUAUCUAGGAUUGUGGAAACAAGGAUUAUUCCAUGGUAACGGAUAAAUUAUGAAGCCUAAUGGUACUUUAAUAAGAGGAAAGUGGAUUAAAGGUAAAAGAAUUCAAUCUAAAUUAAACACCAAUGCAUCCGGAAAAACAAAAACAUCUUAAAUUGAUUGA